CUCGGAGGCUCUUUCAUCAUGGAAAGCAUAGUCCACCAGAAUACUGUGACUGAAAGCAUCGAUGUCACCACAACAGGCGGGCUGGCAUAACUGCUUCAAAGCGCAUAACGAUGGAGGUGCUCACCGUUGCCAGUGCUCAAGACGCCAUCCUACUGUCACCGUCGACGGUCAGCGGUUUCACAAAAAGAUGGUACGAAUACUAACCGCGAGUUCUCCGUAAAGGAAUAGUCUCUGCCCUGCCGCACGUAUGUAAAGCCAUGGGUUGAAGCCAAGUCUCUAGGGAGACAGCGAAAGAGUGCCCGGGUUGGGACUCGGGAGAUUGGACAAUGGACGGAAAGGCGACAUCGACGAUUUCGAGACGCACCACCGUCUCCGAAGACGACGACCCUCCUGUAGCAACGUUAAAGACCGAGCAUGAUUCUCCGAAGCCUACUGCAGCCUCAGAACCACCAUCGCACCGUACAGAACCGUCGAUGCCGACGACGGUGCACACCCCUUCAUCUCGUCCACUAUCAACCCCAAGUCCCGCGGUCCAACACACCAUCUUCGUAACCGUCACCAAUAUCGGGGGAGCGUCCUCCGCGAUUCGCACCGUCGCAACUGUCGUGUUGGUUGAUCCGACCUCCAGCUCCACUUUGACAUCCGCAACGAGUGUCACUUCUACCUCCACUUCCACCCCCAGCACCUCCACAUCUCCAUUCACCAACGCAAUCUUGGUUGAUAAACCUCCAUUCGUGAAAACGCCGGCAGGGAUAACUAGCAUCUUCAUGCUUUCCACCGUGGUGUUCAUGGGCUGCAUCCUCCUCCUCAAGCUGGCUUUAACGAGGCAGGAUAAAGUGGUGCCAAAGCAUCGACAGCCCCGGCCGCCAUCCCUGACGUGGGCCAUGGGGUCAGGAUAUGGGGACGAGGUGGAGAUGAUACGAUUGCAGGGCGUAAGUCCGGGGCGCUCAGACGAUACGUUGGUAGGCGGACGGUCGCCACUGAUGGAGAUGCCUCUACCGGCUCCGUAUUCCGGUGCAUUGAUUUCGACACGGCAUACCACCCAUAACGGUCCCACAGCGCCAUUGUCGCGGAUACCUUCUCAUCGAUCCGGCAGGGUGCCACCGCCGUUCAGAAUUCCCUCAAACGUGUCGCUUCCUGGCGAAGGGAGGCCGGCCUUGCCUACACGCCGAACCACGCACGACUCUUACGCAGCGCCGUUGCCGCGGAUACCUUCUCAUCGAUCCGGCAGGCUGCCACCGCCGUUCAGGAUUCCCUCAAACGUGUCGCUUCCUGGCGAACGGAGGCCGGCCUUACCUACACGCCGAACCACGCACGACUCUCACGCAGCGCCGUUGCCGCGGAUACCUUCUCAUCGAUCCGGCAGGGUGCCACCUCCUUACGUGUCGCUUCCUGGCGAGGGGCGGCAUGAGUCUUCCCAUUUUGAUCAGUCGGUGUCUCAUAAAGCACAGCUCCAUCGAUAGUACAAGUGACUGUAGGCGUAAUGUACACAUGUGUACAGUAUACACAUAUAUUAGAGAGCGAGAAGGAGGGGGUUUCAUAUACCAGCAAACAUGGCAAUGUCGAUUUCAAGAGCGAGAUUACGGUUUGGAAAGGAAGAGCAAUUGUCUUAGUAACGGCGAAACAUAUGUACAAUACAUGAACAUGAAAAU